AUGGCGGUGUGUGCCUGUGGUGCGGAAUACGGCAACGCUCUAAAGGAGAAGCAGCUCAAGAAGCGGAGCAUUAGUUUUCUCCACACUUCCGUGUUUCUGGCUCCCGGAUUGGCCCUUGCAACUGUUUACAAAUGUGUCCGCUGCAGCUCGGUAUACACAACAAUUGAAGAUGUUAGAGGACAUGUUUGUCCAAUCCCUUUGGAACAGGCUAGUGCAUCGAAUGGGCCUAGUCAACUUCCACUAGGCCUACACAUUCCCGCUGCACCACUGCAUUUGCCUCCGGCUCCUGCACCACAGAAGUUGGCUCCUGCACCACUGCAUUUGCCUCCGGCUCCUGCACCACUUAAUUUGUCUGUUGCUGGACCAUCACCUGCCUGUGCUCCAAAGUGGGCACCAGUCUCAACCCCCCAACAAAUGCAUAAAGGAUCUUCAUCAGAUCCAGUUGGCCCAGGACCAUCAACUUCACAAUCAUCAACUUCACAACCUAAGCCAUCAGCAGAACAUGGCAAAAAGAGAAGGCGCAAGUCUGAAGCACCCUAG